CCGGCGGUCCCUUCCUCGACGACGUGCUCUCCUGCACUUGCGCACCAUCAGUUGCCUUCAAUACUCAAGUCAAGCGUGGCCUCGUCCAAGAAGCCCUCUGAGAAAUCCACACCUCUCACCCAGGCCUCCUCACCACCUCUGCUCAAGGGCUUCUUCAGUACCUUGGUCCGGCUGUCCUGCGGCAGCCCAGGAGCUCCGAGCCGUGCAUCGGACCUUCCAGCCAUGAGCAGGACCUGCACAGCCCUCCUCUUGUUUAGGGCCUUAGCUGCCUCUCUCGGCUUCAACUUGGACACAGAGCGGGUGACACGAUUCCAUGUGGACAGCCCUGGGUUUGGACACAGCGUGGUCCAGUAUGCCAACUCCAGGGUGGUGGUUGGAGCCCCCAAAGAGAUCAAGGCUGUGAACCAGAUGGGUGGCCUCUACGAGUGUCACUACCACACGGGCGGGUGUGAGCCCGUCUCCCUGACGGUCCCCCCCGAGGCGGUGAACAUGUCCCUGGGCCUGUCCCUGGCAGCUGCCACCAACCCCUCCCAGCUGCUGGCAUGUGGCCCUACUGUGCACCAGGCAUGCAGACAGAACAUAUACUUGAUGGGGCUGUGCUUCCUGCUGGUCUCCCCUGCCCAGGGGUACAAAAAACUUCCGGAUGCCCUGCAGGAGUGCCCGAGACAGGAUCAGGACAUCGUGUUCCUGAUCGAUGGCUCCGGCAGCAUCUCGUCCUCUGAUUUCGCUAAGAUGAUAACCUUUGUGAGGUCCGUGAUGAGCCAGUUCCCAAGGCCCAGAACCCAGUUCUCUCUGAUGCAGUUCUCACACCAGUUCCGGACACACUUCACUUUCAAGGACUUCACCUCCAGAUCAGACCCUCUCAGGCUGUUGGACUCCGUGAGACAGUUAAGAGGGCUCACCUACACGGCCUCAGCCAUCAGAGAAGUCAUGAAGCAACUGUUCACCGCCCAAAGUGGGUCCCGCAGGGAUGCCACUAAGAUCUUGAUUGUCAUUACUGACGGGCAUAAAGAAGGCGAUAGACUGGAUUAUGAGGAUGUCAUCCCCGAGGCUGAGGCGGCAGGCAUUAUCCGCUAUGCAAUUGGGGUUGGAGCGGCUUUUCAAACUACAGCUAACCGGCAAGAAUUAAAUCAGAUUGCAUCGAGUUCCUCGUACAUAUUUAAAGUGGAGAACUUCGAUGCUUUGAGGGCAAUCCAAAACCAGCUGAAGGAGAAGAUCUUUGCCAUCGAGGGUACAGAGGUGGUAAGCAGUAGCUCUUUUGAGCUGGAGAUGUCCCAGGAGGGCUUCAGCGCCGUGUUCACCCCUGAUGGACCAGUUCUGGGGGCUGUGGGAAGCUUCGGCUGGUCUGGAGGUGCCUUUCUGUAUCCCCCUAAUGGGAGCCCCACCUUCAUCAAUGUGUCUCAGGAGCGCGUGGACAUGAGGGACUCUUACCUGGAGGGCUCGGUGGCGGUGUGACGCUGUCCUGCAAGGCGAGCCGGGCCAUCCCUGGGGCCGCUUUGGGGCGGCGAUGACAGCGCUGGGGGAUGUGAACGGGGACCAGCUGGCGGACGUGGCCAUCGGGGCCCCUGGGGAGCAGGAGAACCGGGGCGCUGUGUACGUGUUUCACGGAGUCUCAAGAGGGGGCGUCAGCCGGUGGCACAGCCAGAGGGUCGCAGGCUCCCAGCUCACCCCCGCGCUCCAGCACUUCGGGCAGUCCCUGAGCGGGGGCCAGGACCUCACCCAGGAUGGACUGGUGGAUCUGGCCGUGGGGUCCCAGGGACACGUGCUGCUGCUCAGGACGAGACCUAUCCUCAGGGUGGCAGUGACCAUGAACUUCACACUUGAAAAGAUCCCCCGCUCUAUAUUUGAGUGUCAGGAGCAGGCGGCCCCUGUCCAGGAGCUGGGUGAUGCCACUGUCUGCUUUGAUAUUUAUGAAAGUACCAAGAGUCAAGGACGUAACUUCCAGAGCUCUGUGACCUUUCAACUUACCCUUGACCCCGGCCGCCUGAGUCCCCGUGCCAUCUUCGAGACGACAAACACCCGGACUCUGAGUCAAAAGCGAGUCUUUGAGCUCGGCAAGCACUGUGAGACUGUGAAGCUGCUUCUGCCGGCCUGUGUGGAGGACUCGGUGACCCCCAUUACUUUGCGCCUCAACUUCUCUCUGGAGGGUGAGCCCACCCCUUCCCUCGGAAACCUCGAGCCCAUGCUGGCUGCGGAUGCUCAGACCUACCUCACGGCCUCUCUCCCCUUUGAGAAGAACUGCGGAGCUGACCACAUCUGCCAGGACGACCUUGCCAUCACCUUUGGCUUCUCGGGCUUGAAGACCCUGGUGGUGGGGAGCAACCUGGAGCUGAACACGGAGGUGACAGUGUCCAAUGAUGGCGAAGACUCCUAUGGCACCACAGUGACCUUCUUCUACCCAGAAGGGCUGUCCUAUCGCCGUGUGGCAGAACACAAGAACCAGCGGCAGCCACGCUCCCCAAGGCUGACGUGCGACAGCGCCCCCGCUAGGACCCGGGGUCCUGGGAGCACCCGCUGCAGCAUCAACCACCUCAUCCUCCGCGGGGGCACACAGAUGGCCUUUGUGGUCACCUUUGAUGUCCCCCCCAAGGCUGUGCUGGGAAACCGGCUGCUUGUGACAGCCCACGUGAACAGUGAGAAUAACAUCCCCAAGACCAACAAGACCAGCUUCCAGCUGGAGCUCCCGGUGAAGUACGCUGUCUACACCGUGAUCAGCAGCCAGGAGCAGUCAGUCAAGUACCUCAACUUCUCAGCCUCAGAGGAAGAGGGAAGCAGUGUGAUCGUGCACAGAUACCAGGUGAAUAACCUGGGUCAGAGGGACUUGCCUGUCACCCUCAACUUCUGGGUGCCUGUGGAACUGAAUGGAGCAGCGGUAUGGACGGAAGUGGAGGUCUCCGACCCACAGAACCCGUCCGUCCAGUGCUCCUCGGAGCGACUGACUGCCACAGACGCUGACUUCCAGACUCACAUGCGGAAGAAUCCCGAGCUGGACUGCUCCAUCGCUGACUGCCUGAGGUUCCGCUGUGACGUCCCCUCCUUUGGCAUCCAGGAGGAGCUUGACUUCAUCCUGAAGGGCAACCUCAGCUUCAGCUGGGUCAGCCAGACACUGCAGAAGAAGGUGCUGGUCGUCAGCGUGGCUGAAAUCACAUUCGACAGAUCCGUGUAUUCCCAGCUUCCAGGGCAGGAGGCAUUUCUGAGAGCCCAGAUGAAGACAGUGCUGGAGAAGUAUGAGGUCCACAACCCCAUCCCCCUCCUGGUGGGCAGCUCUGUGGGAGGCCUGCUGCUGCUGGCCCUCAUCACAGCCUCACUGUACAAGGCUGGCUUCUUCAAACGUCAGUACAAGGAAAUGAUGGAGAAUGCAAACGGACAGCUUGUUGCAGAUAAUGAGCCAUCAGACCCCCAAGUUGUCCAAUGAGAGACUGCCCCCUGUACACUUUGGACCUGCUCUGCCCCCAGAGAUUUCCUAGCUCUGUUACUCUUACCUGAGGUGGGCCCAAGGGGGAAAGAUACCUUCCACAUGAGGACAGCUAGGACCCGGCUGCUUUCACUUUUGGGUGCAUGCAUCGUGGCUACUGGAGUGUCUUGUUCAGGAAAGGCCAUUUGACUCAUGAAACCUCCAACCAAGAACCCUGAGAACUGGUUCUUUGCCAUGACACAGAAGACCUGAGUUGGAAUUAAAACCUAAAAAGAUAUGGGCUAAAGUUGCAAGUCCCAGUGUCCCUCCACUAGCCACCAAUGAUCUUUCUAAAAUAUAGAACUAAAGAAGCCACUCUGCCUUAUCUACUUUCAGUGGAUUCCCAUUGCUCCCAGGACAAUGUCUGAAUUCUCCAGGUUGAUGCGAGAAGUACAGUUUUGUCUCCUAAAGGUGGGCUUCAGAGCACAUGGCAUGAGAUGCACUAUACUUCCGUGGCAUUCUCGUUUCUAGUAAAACACAGCCAGCAGAAGUUUUUAGCUUCUUCUUGGGAGUCUCAGUCUAAGUUAGAAUAAAACAUCUGCACAUUGCACUGUGUGAAGAGAGCUUCCAGCACUGGUCAGCAUUUCUGCUGGGAAGAAGGUGCAGUCUCACAGGAGGGGAUCCAGCACUACCACAGCUCAACUAGGUGCAGGUCAAAAGAGGCCCAGGCCACUGCUGUUUUUGAAGCUCUAAAUGGAGUGUAUGAGAAUUCCCUGGAUAUGAUUAUAAAAAAGUGUAUCUCAAAUAUUUGUAUUAAUAAAUUAAAACAUGUACGAAAGGUGUAUGUAACUUUAAAGAAACUACGUCAAAUGUCUAAGGUUAAGGUCUUCUGUGGAUCUGAGUCAUGGACAAUGAGGGCCAUUGGGACUCCUCAUCAUGGGGGACCCUGAUCAGCCUGAGCCCUGGAGCCAGAAGAAGACUGUUAACCAGAGUGGGGAUUAUGAACAUCUCUCUGUGGGGGUAACCUGAGCUCUUAGUUCCGUCUUAUUCUUAGAGCUGUUGGAAAGUGGUGGGGCUGUGUGGGGAACUGAGGGGAGGGGGCAGGGACAGAGGAGGGACCACCCUGAGUGGCUGCUCUUCUGCCUGGAAAGGUCACCUGAGUGAACCAAGGCACAGGUGUUUCUUACCAACCCCAGGAUGUGUUGAAGGGUGCUCACAUGAUCAGACUUGUUGAGAACCUGGUCCUAGAAUGAUGUUGGUCAAAAUGUGUGCCACAAACUUCAGGUGAUCACCGAUAAUCUUCCAAGUCAUAACUUUUUGAACAAAAAUGCAAGAAACAAUUUUUAUCUUCAGACGUCUCAAACAUUGGAAACUGGCAAUUGCUAGAGCGUUGCUGCCUCCUUGGUGAUUGUGUUCUUAAAGCUUGCUCAUGGACUGGGAGGACAGCAAUGGGCUCUUGUUUCACACUCAGGCAAUAGAUGUUAUUUUCACAUAA